AGGCACUUCCGGGUGCUGCGUCACUACGUAAACCCGCGAGUUCCGGAAGCUUGGAGAGCCCAGGUUCUGCUAGGAAAAGCCAAGCUUCCCAAAGAAUGUUUCAGGAACAGUUACUUGGAGCGGGGCGUUUCGCAGACUCCUAAGAACUCUUCCUUCUUACCUGCCUGUCAAUAAGGAGGGCCAGAAAAAAAGAAUGGAAAGAAAAGAUAGGAGAAGAAAGGAAAGAAGAGAGGGAGGAGAGAGAGAGAAGAAAGAGGAAGAAGUUCCAAAGACCUUUAGAGAAGGCAUGGCUUCCAGAGAUGAGAAUAUGAAGCGGACAGACAGAGUGCUAAGAAUAAGCCAGUUGGAUGCACUUGAACUAAACAAGGCCCUGGAGCAACUCGUUUGGUCCCAGUUUACUCAGUGCUUUCAUGGAUUUAAGCCAGGGCUGUUAGCCCGCUUUGAACCAGAGGUGAAAGCAUUCUUGUGGCUUUUCUUAUGGAGAUUCACCAUCUACUCUAAAAAUGCCACCGUGGGACAGUCAGUUUUGAAUAUUCAGUACAAGAACGAUUUUUCCCCAAACCUGAGAUACCAGCCACUGAGCAAAAAUCAAAAGCUGUGGUAUGCCGUCUGUACAAUCGGUGGGAAGUGGUUAGAAGAACGAUGCUACGAUUUGUUUCGAAACCGUCACGUAGCAUCCUUCAGGAAAGCCAAGCAGUGCAUGAAUCUCGUGGUUGGACUUUUGAAGCUGGGCAGGUUGAUUAAUUUCUUGAUUUUCCUCCAAAGGGGCAAGUUCGCAACUUUGACCGAGCGUCUGCUGGGCAUCCGUUCUGUGUUUUGCAGGCCCCAAAAUGUCCGAGAAGUAGGCUUUGAGUAUAUGAAUAGAGAACUCCUCUGGCACAGCUUUGCCGAGUUUCUGAUUUUCCUCUUACCACUUGUCAGUAUCCAGAAGUUGAAAGCCAAGCUCUCUUCAUGGUGUAUCCCUCUGACCAGAGCUCCAAGCAGUGACAGCACGCUGACCACCAGCGGCAGACAGUGUUCUCUGUGUGGGGAGUGGCCCACCAUGCCUCACACCAUAGGCUGCGAGCAUGUUUUCUGUUACUACUGUGUGAAGAGUAGCUUCUUAUUUGAUGCGUCCUUUGCUUGUCCUAAGUGCGGCACAGAGGUCCACAGCCUGCAACCACUGAAAUCAGGAAUCGAGAUGACAGAAGUGAAUGCCCUUUAGAAGCUAAAAUUGUUUCCUCUGAGGAGAACUGUAUUUUGUCUAAAUCCUUAGCAUGAAUCAUCCUAAGCAUACUAUUUAGGUAUGUCUUAUGAGGACAUGUGCUUCUCAGCCACUGCCCUCUGUUCCUUUCCAGGCACGACUAAAUUCUGCUCACACUGGAAACCACAUGAUUCUAAACAUAUGAUAUAAAUGGUAACAUUUUUUUUUUAAUCAUUGCAUUUAAUUUUUAAUGUCAAGAAUAAUGGAUAGGGCUUCCCUGGUGGCACAGUGGUUGGGAGUCUGCCUGCCGAUGCGGGGAACGCGGGUUCGUGCCCCGGUCUGGGAGGAUCCCACGUGCCGUGGAGCGGCUGGGCCCGUGAGCUGUGGCCGCUGAGCCUGCGUGUCCGGAGCCUGUGCUCCACAACGGAAGAGGCCACAACAGUGAGAGGCCCGCGUACCGCAAAAAAAAAAAAAAAAAAAAAAGAAUAAUGGAUAGUUUUUAUCAAAUGACCACUAAGAAUGCUCCUUCAUUCUACUACUUCCUGGAAAGAGGUUAGACUCUAAAAAUAAAAGAUUGUGGUGACUCUGAGAUGAGUGGGCAUUUAUUUUCAGAAAUGACACCAUAACAUCAUAAAAUGACAAUAGUAAGACCUGUUGUUUUAAACUUUCAGAUCUGAUGUGUCAAUUGUAAUUUUAAGUUUUUCUCUGAAGCCAGCUUUUAAAGGAUUCAGUCAGCUUCGUUCUCAGGCCAAACGACGGCCACCAGAAGCUCAAGACUUCCGUUUUACCAGCUUUCUGAUCCCACUGGCCUGAGAGCUUCUUGCCUAAUAGUUCUGGCGAAGUCCAGGAGCUCACAGCUAUUGGUCAGCCCGAGAUUAUGUGCACAUUCCUAAACCAGGAUGGAGAAAUACUGCUCCCGAUCAUUCAAAUGUGGGUGACAUACCCUCACGAACACCCCAUGCACCUAAAGGAGGACAGGAAGCAGUUCACCACAGGUGUUCUUAGGAGAAUGGUGGCCGCCAGAAAGGGGAAAGCAGUAGAUCCCAACUAGAAUCUCCCUUUGCCUUCUAUAUCCCGGAGUCUUUAUUUUACCAGUGAUCUACUUUGAUAAGGACAUUAUAAGUAAAUGGUCGUCUGAGACUGCAGAUUUGAAAGGAUGAAAUAAAGUUAACAAGAUUUUGUUCUACCAGCAAUUUUGUUAUGGUGUUAUUUUGAUAGCGAAUUCUGAGUAGGUGCCCACAUUGUCAUAAUUUUAACAUGAAAACACAAUACACCUACGCUAACUAACGGUUGUCAAUAUUAUAGGGUUUUCUUCUUCUCUACGGACCCUAAUGGCACUUAGUACAAUUUUUUUUUCUUUUUUCAUUUAACAUCUGCCACUGCCACCAUCACUAAGUGAUAACCCCCCAUGAGGUCAGAGACUGUGGCUGUUCUGCUCAUCAUUGGCUAGCCAGAGGCUGCCUCUGGGUUCCAGUGUACCAAGAGACAUCUUGUUAGCCAGUGAUGAAACCUAACAUCACAGGUUGGGUUCUGCAGAAACAGAUGUCGAAAAGGGUUAGAAUAUCAAUACAAGAUAGUGAUUAGGGAUCCACGCCUGUGAAAGGAAAUGGUGAAGAAGCAGGAAUAGCAGAGGAAACAACUGUAAGCCAGGCCUGCCAGCCUCGGCCAACCCUGAGGAGAUCUCUGGAGCAUUUUGUCUUUCAGGAUGUCCUAGGCGGGGCCAGAGUAGUCAGGCCUUUGACCUCCACCUCUCAGACAGUGAAUGUGGCCUCAGGGGAGGGCACAACCUCAGGCCUGGCAGCUCUGCACCCAGGGCGGACCCUGAAGGAACUGAGAGCUGAGGCAGCCUGCGGACCUGACUCACCACAGUGAGGCCACAGGGCCAUCCUCAAAGGAGGAGCCGGUGGCUACCCCAGUGGGUAUCACAACCGCUCCCAUCUCUCUGUCUUUUUUCUUUAUAGUUUCCCUUCUUUUGUUUUCCCUGCUUUUAAGGAUAUUUGGCACAGAGCACAUUAAGGGCAGCUGGCAUUCACCUUCUCAUCAGUGGGUGUACACUUAGUGCUGCCUCAGGGAGCUUCACCUCCCCUCAGAGACGCAGGCCUGCUGGCCAAGCUGCUGUGACAGCCUCAGACUCUAUCUAGUCCCUGCUGCCCUGUGGCUGCCAGGAGACUUACCUGAACCCUGGUGCUUCUGUUCCCACCCCCCAGCGGCCUCAGGGCCCAAAGUUCACGACAACUGGGUCGCAUUUAGCUACAUUAACGUUCAUCCCUGAGUGUCCCCCUUUGAGAAAAUAAGAACUUCCACACUAACAUUUUUCUUUUCUCUCCCGUGCAACUUGUUCUCAAGUCAGGUUUGCUACUUGUGUAUUUAGUGUAUCCAAGUGGCUUCAGUGAUCGUAUCUAAAAUACAUCCCUCCAAGCGAACACAAGGCAUGACCCACUCCCCUGUUCCCAGCUCCCCCACCUUCAGUACUUAGCGGCUGUGGGGUACGGACAGGUUUAUUUAACUUCUCUGAGUUUCAGUUUGCUCAACCUAUGAAAUGGGCAUUCAGUAAUGUCAACCUCUUAGGACUGUAAUGGGAAUUAAAUAACAUAUCAUUCUUUCAAAAAUUAUCUCUUGAGCCCCUACAGGCAUUCUUCUUCUGUACUCAGAGAUGUGUUCAUGAAUAAAACAAAACCCCUGGCUUUCAUGGAGUUUACAUUCUUGGAGGGGUGAUAGACAAUAAACACAUGUUGUAAGAUCAUUUCAGAUGUGAGAAGUACUCUGAAGGAAAUAAAACAGGCUAAGGGAAUGGAGAGUGACAAGGGACGCUGUAUUGAAUUACAUGCUCCUGGAAAUCCUCUCUGAGGAGCUGAAAUUUGAAGAGAUCUGAAUGAAAAGAGGGAGAGAGCCAAGCAGAGAAGGGGUGCCAGGAUAAGAAAAUGGCAAGUGCCCAAGGUCUCAGGUGAGCGACCAUCACCUGUUCAAAGAACAGCAAGAAAUCAGAGCGAGCAAGAGAGGUGGGAAAUGAGGCAGUGAGAUAAGGGGAUCCGGGGCCGGCCCUUGCAGGCCAGGGUGAAAAGAUACCCGAAUUUAUUCUAAGGAUGAGGAAACCACCGGAAGGUUUUAAACAGAGAAAUGACAUCAAACUUACAUUCUUUUAAAGGAUCACAGUGAUAAUGUGUGAAGAGUUAUGAGAGCAAGAAAACCAGUUCAAAGGCUACAGCAAAUAAUCAGUAGAUACAAGCCACGAUUCUUAUGAUUUCUUUUAGGUUUGUGGUACAUUACUGGCAUCACUAUCUGAAAUGGCCAAGGCCAGCAAAGCCUUGAGAAAUUCAAACCGAUUUUCAUAGAUUUCAUGCACCAGAGCUCUACCCAUGGCGUAGUUCUUUGAGUUCCCAUUAGGGGCUGCUUUAUUUUGAAUAGAUUUCUAAUGAACUUUCACCAACAGAUGAAAAAUAACAGACAAGACAUAGAGAACACUGGUAAAAAGCAAGCAUGCUUAUAGUAACAAGAAAUAAUAGAAAACCUGGUAUCAAUGGAAAAAAAGAAUUUAAAAACCCUAAUCUGGUAACAUUUAAAGUAGGGACACACGGACUCUGAAGAAUAACUGAAUAGUAAUUGUGGCUUAAAAAAAUGACCUCGGAUCAUCAAUAAAAGUACUUUACAAUCUGUAUCAUUUGGCUAAGGAGGCAGUGACAUUAACAUUGCUGUAUUUGAGGAAGCCUUCAAAAUGUGCUGGCACUCAAAGGCAAAACCUUGAUUCCUUUGGAAGCUGUUUUUCCUAACAGCGCUCAGUAAGUGAAGUGUUACUCUAUUAAGAAAAGAUGUUUU